GUUAUCGCUUUUUUGAACGCGCCUGCAAAUUGGUUCGCCACACAACAAGUUCAAUUUCUUUCGCAAUAAUUGGCAAAAGGAGGAAAGAAUCAGGCUGCAGGACAUGGUGGACGAUGCGACGCAUUCCGUGGUGCUGCAGGAUGCGUUCCAUGGCAAUGGGAACGGAUGCGACGGCGUGGAGGCCAUCCAAUCGGCCAUUUUAAAAGUGCUGACGCGGGUGACUCGCUUCCAGGUGCGUGUCCAGAAGCACAUCGAUGACAACUACACGGAGUUCAUGCCCAACCACACCUCGCCGGACAUUUUCCUGGAGGAGUCGGCCUCCCUGACCCGGGAGAUCCUCGAUCUUCUCGAGACGGUGGGCACAGAAGGACUGGGCUCCUUGGAGGAGGCGAAUAACAAGUUGGCCAAGAGCGAAAAGCAGCUGCGGGAGAUCCUUUUGGGCCUGGCGGUCAGCGAGCAUGUGCUCAGAAUCGACGAGCUGUUCCAGUGCGUGGAGGAUGCCAAGGCCAUCAAAGAUUACCUUGUUAUCUUGGACCUAGUGAGUCGUUUGAGGGCCUUCAUCUAUGGCGACGAUGCUAGAGAACGAGACGGGGGCUCGCCGGUGGCCUCGCAGGAGGUGCGACGUGUCUUCCAGGUCCUCGAGUGCUACGAAACCAUCAGGGUAAAGUACCACGUCCAGGCGCACCUGCUGCAGCAGAGCCUACAGGAGCGCUUCGAUCGACUGGUCCAGCUUCAGAGUAAAUCCUUUCCCACAUCGCGAAGCGUCACACUGCAGGUCAGCCGGGAUGAGGCGCAGCUGCAGGAAAUCGUACAUGCCCUCUUUCAGGAGACCUACAAUCCCGUGCGCCUCUGCGAAUUUCUGCUGGACAACUGCAUUGAACCGCUGAUCCUCCAGCCAGUAAUGGCAGAGUACAGCGAAGAUGCCGACGGUGGUUCCUACAUCCGUCUCUCCCUGUCCUACGCCACCAAUAAGCCCAGUUCCGCGCAGCUGCGUCCGAGCUAUAAGCAGGUUUUGGAGAACUUCCGGUUGCUGCUGCAAACGCUCUCUGGGAUCAACAGCAGUGUAUCCAACGGGCAGCACGUAUUCAGCAUCAUUGGCGAUCAUGUGAAGGAUAAGAUGCUGCAGCUGCUGGUGAAUGAGUGCCUGAUACCAGCUGUGCCUGAAACCAUGGAGGAGUACCAGUCCUCCACGCUGUGCGAAGAUGUUACACAGUUUGAGCAGCUGCUGGCAGACUCGUUCAUCAUCAAUCCAGAGCAAGAUCGAGCGCUGGGCCAGUUCGUCGAGCAGUACGACACCUUCUACCGCAAUCGACUGUUUCGCCGAGUUCUAGAGACGGCUCGCGAGAUCAUCCAGCGGGAUUUGCAGGACAUGGUGCUGGUGGCUCCCAACAAUGGCUCCACCGAAGUGGCCAGCGAUCCCUUCCUCUUUCCACGCUGCAUGAUUUCAAAAAGUGCACAGGACUUUGUCAAGCUGAUGGACCGCAUCCUGCGUCAACCCUCAGAAAAAGUAGCCGAAGGCGAUACUGAUCCUCUGGUCGGCGUCAUUUCCGUAAUGCUGCACACCUACAUCAAUGAAGUGCCAAAGGUGCACCGCAAGCUCCUCGACAGCAUACCACAGCAGGCGGUGCUGUUUCACAACAACUGCAUGUACUUCACCCACUGGAUAGCUCAGCAUGCCAACAAGGGCAUCGAAAGUUUGGCGGCGCUGUCCAAGACGCUGCAGUCAACCGGCCGUCAACAUUUCCGGGUGCAGGUCAACUACCAGUCUUCCAUUUUAAUGGAGAUCAUGAAGGACUUCGAGUUUGAAAGCCCGCACACUCUGGGUUCCGGUCCAUUGAAACUGGUCCGCCAGUGCCUCCGUCAGCUGGAGCUGCUGAAGAACGUGUGGGCCAAUGUGCUACCGGAAAAGGUGUACAAUGACACCUUUUGCGAGCUGAUUAACACCUUUGUCGCCGAGCUGAUCCGUCGCGUGUUCACGCUGCGCGACAUAUCCGCCACGAUGGCCUGCGAGCUGAGCGACCUCAUCGACGUGGUACUGCAGCGGGCGCCCAGCCUCUUUGGCGAGCCGAAUGAAGUGGUCCAAGUCGUCUCCUGGCAAAAGUUGCAACAGCUGAAGGCCAUGAUGAACGCCUCCCUCAAGGAGAUCACGGAGCUGUGGUGCGACGGUGCCGGUCCGCUGACCGCUAAUUACAAGUCGGACGAGGUAAGGCACCUCAUCCGGGCGCUCUUCCAGGACACUGAUCGCCGGGCAAAGGCCAUUACGCAGAUUGGAUAGGUUUAUGGAUUGGAUAAGUUCCCUUAUAGUUUGCGUGCAAAAUGGAAUCUAAAUCUUAGAAAUACCACUCUUACAGAUUAGCAUCAUGUGUCCUUAUUUUAACCCCGUGAAGAGUUUUCACCACAAUUGCCAAAAGAAAUAUAUUUUGAAUCUUGAAUUUGCACGAUGGUUUCUAGGCAAUCACCUUGAUAGUUUCUUAAUUUUUGAAUUGUAAAUAAUUAAGUUAUAGAAUAGAUUGCUUUCAAUUUCCGAUUACUCAUUUUAACGACAAAAGUUGUUCCGAUCCACAACAUAUUUUCUAUCUUAAGUUUUAUUUAAAUUAAUAAAAACAUUGAAUAACCCA